AUGCCAGAUUUGGGAAAGAUCACGGGCGCCAAGUUCGCAGGCGGCCCCUCCCGGUCCUCUGCCUAUGUGUACACCACCGAGAGCGGCAGGCAGCUGUUUGUGAAGACGGCGCUGGGGUACUGCCUAGCGGCCAUGUUCCAGGGCGAGGCAGAGGCCUCCAAGCCAUGCACGGUGAUGAAGUGGUGA